AUGACUUUAACACGACGACCGAAGAGGAAAAGCGAACUUGAAGACGAAGUUUUUGUAAAACCAACCAAAACAGCUGUGAAAAACUGUGUGAAACUCAAUAUUUCGGAUGUUUUAGCGUGAGUUAUAGUUUUAUCUUGGAUUUAAGGAGUAGAGUAUAUUUUAUUGCCCGAAUAUAAACGACUUUUCAAGCUUCUGUUAAAUGAAACUAAAACAAUAUGUUUUGAAUAAUACAUGCAUUGUCAGGCCUAUUGUGUUUGGAAUUUUUCUUCGAUUGAUAGCAUUUGCGUACUUCAAGGAGUACCUUCAAGAUCAUGUUGGAUUCACAGCACAAUGGAACUCGUUUCGUCGAUUAAAAGAUGCGAUAGCCUUGUGGGACCAAAAUGGCAGCCUUUACGCCGAUAGAUUCCAUGGAGUACCUCUUCUUGCAGUUAUUUUUUAUCCACUAGUACCUCAAGAGUAUAUUCUACGUGUUUUAUUUAUUGUAAGUUGUUUUGAUGGUUUUUUCUGGAUUUAGAUUGACUAGAAUGUGACCGAUACUAAUAUUAAUAAUAUUUUAGUCUUGCGAUGUAAUUGCGGCUGUGGCAUUGUACAAAUCAGCUGGUUUUGUUUGUAAUGAAGCUGCUGAGGUGCCUGAAGUUGGUAAAAGAUUGUUGACAAUGUAUCUGUUGAACCCUUUGACAGUGGGAGUUUGUGCAGCUAUGAAUACAACUGUUAUCUUGAAUAUGGCUUUGUGUGUGGCGUUCUACUUUUUUGUAAACAGUAAGUUUGGGUUUAUUAGUUGGAGUGGAUAUUAAGAAAGAUUUAUGGUGAAAAUCAUAAAGGUCUGAUAUUGUUUUAAGGUUUAAACAUCAAAUUUGUUAGGUAUUAGUGAAAACAAGGAGCUCCUUGUUUUGCUCCUAGGAGUAUUAGCUUUUAACAAAUUUUGGUGUAUUUGUAGGUAUUAUUAUGUAAUUUAAAUGAUUUUAAAGUAAAGAAGUUAUGGUAUCUGUUUCAGAAAAACUAUGUAUGGCUACAAUUUUGGUUUGUUUGGCAUCUCAAUUGAAUAUAUAUUACCUACAACUUCUAUUGCCAAUUGUCGCUGCCAGAAUGAUAGCACAGACGAAAGACAAAUUCAAUUUAGCAUUGGCAGCAAAACAACUUGGAUAUAAGUUAAUUGCUUUUAGUCUUCUAUACAGUAUUAACUUUUUAAUCGCCAAUUGGAACGAUGUCAUUAGAGGAAACGUCUUUUUCUUGUAAGUUUUUCGAAAAAGAUAUUUUUUGUAUUUUAAAAUUAAAUUUUUUUAAAAUUAUUGUUUUCAGUUUUACUUUGGAAGACUACACACCGAAUAUGGGUAUGUAUUGGUAUCUGUUCUCGCUGAUUUUCGUGCAAUAUCGACUGUUCUUCUUGGUUAUUCUUCACUUUUUGGCUUUUAUACACGUUUUUCCGCUUUUUAAGGUUUUUUGGUGAGUUUAAAUUAGUGUUUUUUUAUUUUAUAUGUUUUAGAGAAAUGAUUUAAAGGAAGAAGAGUAUUGUUCAGGACACGGUUUUAUGUUUUUGAUUUAAAAAUUAUAUAAUUUAGGCUUUAAUAUAGGAAAACUUUAAUUUUUCGCUGUUUUGAUUCAGCUUUCAAAUAUUUUAUCGUUCCAAACGCUUUUUGUCUUUGAUAUUAUACAUUGAUAUACAACUUUUUACUUUAUGGUGGCUAGUUGAUUACAAAAUCAAUUUUAGGACAGCUCCAGUAGGCUUAUGGUUAAUAUUUCUUCAAAUGAUCACCUUAUUGUCAUCAUAUCCAACUUAUGCUGAAUUCUGCCUUUUUUUGCCACUACUAACCACAAUUAAGGCGAAACAGAAUUGUAAGUUGGGUUUUUAAGAUUAAUGGAAGUAAAUUUUGUAAAAAAUUAUUUUUGGUUUUAAUAUUUUUUUUGUACGAUGCAGUUUUGUAUCGUAUUAUGUAUUCUGAAAGGUACUAUUACAAUUGACGUCUUUUACUUUCAGCUUCCGUGUUCUUCUAUUUUCUGGUCACUUUGAUCAGUUUGGCCUGCAGCUCGUCGCUGAUAACUCUUCAACAAUGGGUUCAAACCGGCUCAGGCAAUGCCAACUUCUUUUUCGGUUCAGGCAUUGCCUACCUGAUUGGUCAAGCCUUUCUCCUUCGACAUACACUAAAAUCACUAGUCGAUUCGCUUUUCUACAAUUCGGACUUUUACAAGGCGGAUCAAGCACCUCAGUUUAGGUUUAUCAACAUUCCAAUAUUGAAAAAGGCAUGA